CGAGGCGUCCCGGAAGGCAGCAGGAGCAGCAGGAGGCGAGCUCCGCUUCAGUUUUCGCUGUUUGUUCGAUUCCCGCCAUGGAUUCACAACCUCCGAUGAAACCGUGGGAGCGGCGGGUCGCGGGGCCGAUGACUGCACCUGGGAACUACAGGUCUGUGAACUUCGGCCCGCCUGCCGGCCCCUCUGCUCCCGCGGGCCCUCCGGUUCUGACCCGGAUGGCGCCCCCAGUGCCUCCUCGCCCCGUCCAGCAGACCUACCGUCCGCCCUACAGCUCUUUCGCCUCCUCUUACAGCCCCUAUGGGAGCUCCAUGUACGGGGGGUACAGCCCCUACGGCGGCGGCGGCUACGGCGGCGGCGGCUACGGCCUGGGAGGGUACGGCCGGCUCCCCCACACGGAGGAAGUGGCCCCCAGCCGGUUCGUGCAGCAGGCCGAGGAAAGCAGCCGCGGCGCCUUCCAGUCCAUCGAGAGCAUCGUCCAGGCCUUCGCCUCCGUCAGUAUGAUGUUGGACGCCACUUUUUCCGCCGUGUACAACAGUUUCCGCGCCGUGCUGGACGUCGCCAACCACCUGACGCGGCUGCGCUCUCACCUCACCCGGGUUCUGUCGGCCUUCGCUCUGGUACGCACUCUGCGCUACCUGUACCGACGGUUGCAGAGGCUGCUGGGCCGGAGGUCGGACGGCGAGGCGGAGGACUUGUGGGCCGACAGUGCGAGUGACGCUCUGGCUACGGGAGCGUCCAGAGGGUCGGGGGCGGGGAUGGAGGAGCAGACCGUGAAGUCCUGGCCCAUCUUUCUGUUCUUCGCUGUGGUCCUGGGGGGGCCCUACCUUAUCUGGAAGCUGCUGAGCUCCAACCCCGGCGCCGAAGAGAACGCCACUAACUGGGCCAGCGGGGAGGACGACCACGUGGUGGCCAGAGCAGAGUACGACUUCUCCGCUGCGUCUGAGGAGGAGAUUUCUGUGCGAGCUGGAGACAUGCUCAACCUCGCCCCUAAAGAGCAACAGCCCAGGGUGCGAGGCUGGCUGCUGGCCAGCGUGGACGGUCAGACCUCGGGACUCGUCCCGGCCAACUACGUGAAGGUCCUCGGCAAGAGGCGAGGCCGCAGGCAGGCGGAGACGGAGAGGCUCGCUCAGGUCCAGCCGGACGCCGCGCAGGCCUCCCAGACUGCCCCGGGCUUCGCACCUGGACCCGGUUCGGCCUCCGCCUCGGCUUCCUCGGAGGAGCUGCUGGAGUCGGUGUACACAGAAACUCCAGCUGCCUUCGGUCUGGGAACGUCCGACGCCAGUUUGCCCUCCAGCGCGGCGCUGAACGUCCCCGAGAGGACCGACUUGUGAUGUUUGUGAACGCGUGCGUCUGUAUGCAGGUCGUAACGUCGGCCGCCGUUUAACGCUGAAGCUUGACUAAUAAUCAGCUGGCAGUAGAUAUCUGCGGAAACAUCUCUAAGAAUGGCUCAAAGUAGUUCCUUUAAUCUGUACUGUUUCAUAUCAUGUAACACAAUCUGGACCUUCUGCUGGGAGUAUGGAUCGAGCACACAGAGGCUCCCUGAUGUCCCGUUCAGGAGGUUAUCUUCACAGUCUGUUAGUCAGAGCGUCUACGAGAGAGAGAGAUUAGUGUGUUCUCUGGUACACUGCUGGAAGAUCAUGUCUCAUAUGUACUGUGAGGUUUAACUAAAGUUGAAUUAGUGUUUAAGUUAACGAGGUGGACUUUCUGACGCCGUGAGGAUAAAGCCAGGGUGUUACUGCGGCGUGGUCCUCAGCGUGGGAUCAUUCAGGAUGAUAAAGGGGCUGAUUUUGCACAUUGUUCAACGUUAGUCACAGAAAGUAAUUUUGUAAAUAUUUAAUAUAAUUAUUUUGAAAAUAAAUAUUUCCAAAAAUCA